AUGGAUAACAAGGAAACCAAUGAUCUCAAAGACAAGAGAAUAUCUGCCCUCCGCGCCUCAAUCACGAACCUGGAAGCCAAGCGCUCCGAGUUGGAAGCGGAACUAGCUUCCAUUACUACCAAACUCAAAGAUGAUCCCAAUGCCACAGUGGAGCGUCAUAUCCGACUCUUGCAUGAUUACAAUGAGAUCAAGGAUGUUGGACAGGGAUUAAUGGGGCUUAUCGCUGAUUCGAAGGGGGUGAGGCAGGUUGACGUGGAGAAGGAGUUUGGGGUUGGAGAUCAGGAUUGA